AUGGUGGUUGUGAAUGGAAAGACUCCUUCGUUCCUUCCAUCUUUAGUAUGGAAGUACGGAAAUAUAUACACCAUGGGACCACACUCAGGAAAGAGACGUAUCCUGUGUCCCAGAGAUGAACAUAGUUUGCAGAAGAAAGUCAAAUGCAGAUUCUUUGCAGAGUAUGCCGAAAAGAUCCCAGGAGAAUCCACACAGAUGUUGUCAGAGGCAGCCAAGGAGUGUGGGAUCUAUUUAGUGGGUGGUUCUAUUCCAGAGGAGGAUGGAGGAAAGUUCUAUAAUACCUGCUCAGUUUUUGGACCUGAUGGAAAGCUGCUUGUUAAACACAGGAAGAUUCAUCUUUUUGACAUUGAUGUUCCUGGGAAAAUACGCUUUCAGGAAUCAGAAAUACUUAGUCCGGGAAACAGUUUGUCCAUGUUUGAAACCCCAUUUUGUAAAGUAGGUGUGGGAAUUUGUUAUGACAUUCGGUUUGCAGAGCUUGCACAGAUCUAUGCUAAGAAAGGUUGCCAACUUUUGGUAUAUCCUGGAGCCUUCAAUAUGACUACAGGGCCAGCACACUGGGAGCUGUUGCAGAGGGGAGGUCAGGCAGUAGAUAAUCAGGUCUACGUGGCCACUGCUUCGCCAACAAGAGAUGAAACUGCCAGCUAUGUGGCAUGGGGUCACAGCUCUGUGGUUAACCCUUGGGGUGAGGUAAUUACCAAAGCCGGGUCAGAGGAGGCUGUUGUGCAUGCAGAUAUAGACCUUCAGUAUUUGGCUGAUGUGCGUCAGCAGAUCCCAAUCACUUUGCAGCGGCGGAAUGAUCUAUAUUGUGUCAACACCGUUCAGGAUGGUUGAACACACACAUACAGAAGUAGGACUGAGUCUACGGUGGGCGCAAAGUCUUGAUUUAAUACAGAACUCAGUCAGUACUUUGUAAGGUGUCUUGAUGAGUGUAAUGUGUGCUACCACACAACAAAGAUGUCUUAAUUAUUGAGGACAAGAAGUGCCUUAUGAUUUGCACUAAUUAUCCAACAACGAAAAUCAUAUUUGCAUUAGAUCAACAAAGACUCAUUUCUUCUCCACUAAGCUGUGAAUUACUGUUACAUUACUGGGUCAAAUUACUGUUUUGUUUUUAAUUAAAAUUGAAUGCUUAAAUAUUUCCACCUGCCUAAUUUGUUAAAUAAAUAAUGUAUAUUCUGUUACAACAAAGCACUGAAGAAACUUUAAGCAUGCAUCACUGAAUUACAUAAUUGUAGCAAAUUGAGUGAUUUUUUUCUUUUUUUAUCUUUUUUAAUCAUAUUUUUAAUAAUUAGCAAUAUUCCUAUAAGGAAAAUAUAUAUAUACAAAGCAAGACCGUUAUUGGUCCCUCCACUGAUACUUUGCAGUUCUUUGCAAGAACCAAUUCAACCAAUUAUAUUUAAUAAAAAAAAUGUAAUUCUGAAGCCUAUAUUCAA